CGGGGCCAGGACCGGGACCGGGACCGGGACCGGGACCGGGACCCAGACCCAGCAGCUGCGCGGCGCCUCCUCGUCCUCGUCCUCGUCCUUCGGCCGCCUGCGCGGGGCCAACGCGAGCAGCGCCCGCAGCAGCGCCGGCGGCGGCAUGAAGGGACCCAACUUAGAAACAGAGAUGGUAGAAGAUGAAAGUGACACUACCAAUGAAGAAGUGCCCCCUCAUUUGCGGGAAGAGCCUCCUGAAGACUCCAGCAAGGACCAUCCUCAGCAACAGGCUGGAGUGAUCUGGAGAGUGACAGGAGGCCUGUUCAGCAUUACCCGGGGAGCUGUGGGUGCCACAUUAGGAGGAGUUGCCUGGGUUGGCAGCAAGAGCCUGGAACUCACCAAAACAGCUGUGAGCAGUGUCCCUGCUGCUGGUGUUGGACUGGUAAAGGGCAGCGUCUCAGUAGUGACCAGUGGCAUGGGAGCCGUGGGCAGUGCAGUUGCCAGCAAAGUCCCUUUCACUGCAAAGAAGAAGGACAAGGCUGACUAGCCACGAUUGCAGCUUCCUUCUGAAAAAUCAACUUGUCCAUAUGCUUCCCCCCCACCCACAGCACCUCUUCAGAUUGGAAAUGGCCACCUCAGGGAGGGGAUAAGUACCAGUGCAGACUCCAGCUGCAGCCUGCUCAGCACCACCUGCCUGGCUCAAAGUUCACAGAGACACUGCAAAUGCCUUUCACUCCCAUCACCUACUGGGAACCAUCUCUAUUCCGAGGGCUUUAAAGAUGCAGUUGUCUCUACCUUGAAAUUUCCUUCUCCCCUUCUUGCUCUCCUGAGUACUAAAAGGGUUGGAGUAAGCACUGGGCUCCAUCUCUCUGGAGACAGUGGGUGGGUGGGAAAAACUGUGUCCUAGCAUUGACAGCACACAUGUUCCUGAUGGUCCUUUCAUUUUAUUUUAGUUGGAUUCAGCCUCAGUUGGGGAAGCAGUCUCUGUAAUAGUCCAGUUCCUUGGCUCUGAGAAAUUCUUAGGGAUCUGCCUUCAGGCAGGGGAGGAGGAAAUCUGUCAUGAAGAAAAUCCCAAGAAUAUGAAGGUGAUAUACCCUAAAUAGGGAAAGGCUCCCUCCUCCCCUGCUGGCAAAAUCAAGAGGACGACUGAGAUCCUUUGUUAAUAGGCCACAGUCCUCAGGUUGGCUCUCCCAGCCAUGCACUCAGGCUAAAUGUGUCCUUUAAAGAUGGAACCCUGAGCCCCAACCAGAAGUCCUGGUGAUGCCACACAAGCACGUUGUAUGCUUCAUACCAUAAAACCUUGGGGCAGAUUUCCUUGUUCAAGGGUGGCUGUGAUGGAGGAGCAAAUCUGUUUGCUAUUUGAGAGUGGAAGAAGGGAGAACGUAGGUCACCUUAGUUCAUGGUGGGAAAUGACUGGCACCAAUGCAGUGUUAUUACAGAGAUACUGGGCCCCUGUAACUCCAAGAGGCAGCACUGCCAGGCUAUGGAGUGCUGCUUCCAUCAUAAGGAGGUAGUAAUGUUCUUCUCACUGGGAAGACAAGCUUAGCCCCCAUGCAAGUAAGUUCAGCCCCAUUGGAGUUUCCCCCUGUGUGCAUGUUCUCAGCCAGGUAAAUGCAGCAGGGUCACUUUGACUCUAAGCCUGACUCAUGCUACCACUGCUCAGACAUUGUUCUACACUGUGGUGAAGCAUGUUCCUCCAUCUUGUCUGAGUACUGCAGUGAGCCGUAGUCUAGGACGUCACUUUUGCCAGGGCUUAGCAGCUCAAGGGCAGCUCCCUACACUGCACUGGCACCAUUGUGAGCCCACCAAUUUGCUUUAGAAAGUGAUUUCCCUAUGCGAGUGCACUCAAAUGGGUGAUCCUGUUGCGAGCACCUCCUGUAACCCACUGCUUGUGGAGAUCCAGCCUGCCCCAGGUGAAUAAGCAUGUUGCAUUGAAGAAAAAUCACCCUGAGCUCUUUAGCUCAGAAAAAGCCCAGAAACUCAUAUUAAGCCUGGAGUUGCCUCUCCAUCCUGAACCCACCACAAAGUGCUCCAGGAGUCGCACGAUCUCUUAUGUGCAUGCACACGCACACACAUGUCCCCUGGAAGCCCUAGAAUUAAUGGGAUGAAGAAGACCCCAGGUUCCAACAUUAAUUUUGCCUUUCCUGGCUUCUGUCAGGUUGUUAACCUAGAUUGUUAGAGGUUGGGUGUAUAGAAAAAUGAAGCAGUGUUUGUGCUGUAUUUUAUAAAUAUGCCUGUAUGUUAGUGUGCGUGUCUGUAAUCUGCCAGUCCACAGGCAUGUUCUCAGCCAGGUAAAUGCAACUGUACCACUGCAGCAGAGGAGUUUAUAUAUUCACCUUUGGCACUUCUAGCAUAUAGGUUUUUAUAUAGGGACACUGUCAAAAUAAAAAUCAUGUUGUGGAAGACAGUUUUUCCCAAGUUGCCUAACCAUUUCGUUUAUUAAAACCAAAAGAAUGUAUAAAAAAUAUCUCCUUUUCUCCCAUCUGUGCUGUUUGUUCCAGUUUUGCCCUUUAUUUUGAAGAAUGAAGCCAGCCUAGUUUGUUUGUUCUCUCUUUCUGUUCCUAGUCUGUUCCACUUCAUGGUUUUCUGCAGUUGUGAUGUCAGUGGGUUUGGGUCUCUGAUGUCAGGGAAUAUUUAAAUACAGGGGCAAGAAACCUUUUCACUGAUUUUGUUUUUUCUUGGACUCAUGAACCUUUUUCAAUUUUGACUGUUUCUGAAAACCACUUUUUGGCCUGAUUUGAGUUGACCAGGUUCCUUCACUAGCCAAGCUGAGUUUCGUGGUCUCUCUCCGUCACCCUUGCUGGGAAAUGGACCUUGCUAUUUGCAGUGGCAAAGAAUUUGCUGAUCGUUGCAGUAUGUAGCUCUUUGUAGAAUGAAAAUGGCUUGACCUGCUGCUUUGUUUUUAAAGAGGAAACUGCUUUGCUGGUGCUUUUUUCUGCCGGCCUGACUGACACAGACAUGUUAGGUUUGUCUCUGAAGACAGCAACUUCAGAGAGAUCAGACUUCAAUCUGUGCAUCUGUACCCUGCUGGAAUAUUCUUCAGCAAUCAGCAAGGCCCUGGGAAGUUUUACUCAGCUCUUCCCAUCUACCAAGCAGUCUGUGCACCCUCAUUCAUCACCCUUCCCUGGGUGCAUCUUGAUUUUUUCCUUGUUCUUCUAAAUCCUGCCCUGACCCUGCAGCUAAUAAAUGUCCAUCAUUAGCUAAGCUGUCAGCAUCUCUCUCCUGUUUGAUACAUUUGCUGGGCAAAGUAGAUGAAUGGCCAUCUGGUGCCUCCCAAACCCUAGGUCAGGAGGAGACAGAUAACAUAGAGACUUCCCUUCUCCAGUUUCCACAAAGGGACUGAUGGAGAGCAAAUCAGGAAAUUUUAUCUGAACUCUCACACCCGCCAGCCCCUUGCUGUCAGUUCUCCUUGGCAAUGGAAGGACUUUGUACUACCAGCUCCUUCUCAAGACCCCAUUUCCCAGAACCACACGUGGAAUAGUAGAGCACAAGGGGGUGAACAAAAUGAAAGCAUUUCUUGAGCCCAUUCUGUUCUUAGUACCACUACACUGACACUAGGGGCCCCUUGUAACAUUAGGGGCUCCUUUCAAGACCUUUCCCUGAGUUCUUCUUUCCUGUCUUCACCAUCCGUAUGUUACUUUUUCGUCAGAUGAAGACUAAAUGGAAGAAAACUCUUGAUCAGCUCAGGAAUGGCCCUUGUGUGAUAGCUUCAGAAGGAGAGAAUAGGGGUGAAGAAAUGGUCAAGAUUUCUGUUCUGACAGCCCAGCUUAUAUAGAGCUUGGGGCCUGUAGCAGCAAGUGGGGAGUAUGCAAGCAAGAAUAGUGGGUGAGCUCGCUGUAAACAUGGCUUGGAUCAAGUCCCCCAAGCCUCUUCACCAUUACCAGGCUGUACAUAAACUUGAAGAAUGGAAGCACCAUCUGGGAAAUGUCUAGGGCCCCUUUAAAGUACUGAUCCCAGUCAAUUGAACAAGACAGUACUGCUGUAGUUGGCACCUGCUAGUAAGGAAUGGUGGAGUAGGAAGCAUGGAGGACAAAGGGAUAAUGGAGCUAAUGCAACUGGGCAGGAAGAUACUGGGGAACGUCCUAAGCUGGGGCACAGCUAAGGCUCUUCUUAGUGGGGUUCAGAAGGCACCUCCCUUGCACUGAACAUCCAUUUUUCAUGACAACUUGUAACAUUGCCUAGAUGAGCCAAUGCUGGCCAUCACACACUGUUUUUGCACUGAUUAUAUCACGCUGGUAUUAGCCUCUAAAUCAGCAAUGAGCUGUCCCCUGUCUGCCCCUCCAUGCAAAACCCCUGUCAGACUAAAGCAAAGAGCUAGUUAGCAUUUCCAGUCAAAGGGCGAUGGUCAGGCUGAUGUAAGGGAGCUUCUUGACGGUCCAUUUUUUUCAUGUAGAUACUGUAACCUAGAAGUGAUGACUUCUCUGCUCUGUGCAAGGUGUUCAGCUGGUGAAGAGGGCAGCAUUGCAAAAUGGGGGGGAUGAACCCCUAGCAAUUCCUCAUCCUUCCUCAUCCACUCUUCCUGCCUUAAUAUCGUCUCCAUCUUGUUCUUUUUCUUAUUUCAUUUUCCCUUCCUCCCCAGGUGAAAUUCUCAUUAGGAAGUCAUCUGGGUGGCUCUGAAAGCAGGGAAAUGAGAGUAUGACCCCAUAUCCUCUGCUCUGACUGUUUCUCUGGUGAGGGAAAGAGGACAAAGCCCCGGGAGUGUUUCCUCAGUUGUGAUCCAUUUCAGUUAGUUUGCUAUAAAAAAAUAUCUCUGAGUAUAUUUUCUCUGUAUUCUCUCUCUAAAAUGCUCCUCAUGUCAUGGGUCACAUAUGUGUCUCUGUCAUCCCAAAGCAGUUCUUAUAAAACACGGGAUGUAUGCAAAUGUGGAAAUGAGGGGAGGAUGGGGUGCCCACCUUUCUUCUCCAUGUAUUUGGCUGAGAAGCUCUCUGCCCUCUAAAUACAGCAGCUCCAAGGCAAUCCACCCACUCUAAACAACUCUUCAAGCCCCCAGCCCAGGGCUCCUAGUGGCAUUAGAGAUGGUGCAGUAAGCUUAGGAGGAUACUUCUGUUCUUUAUCAUUUCAAUGUAAGCAGUUUGUUUCCAGGUUUGGAGUUUUUUGUUUGCAUUGUGUUUCUGGCAAUAUUCUGCAUCUCUGUAUUUUAAGUACAGUAAAAUUUGAGGAUAAAACUC